UCUCUUCGUCUUCCUUCUCUUUCCUACGCGCCCAUCAUGACAUACACAAUCGUUUUAUUCGUCUCGCGCAGGCCGAAUAUCACAACCGACCAAUUCCGAGACUUCUGGGAGAAUUCACACAUACCUCUUCUUAAAUCCAUUGCAGGGAAGGCGUUUCCACUAUCGCAUACACGGCACUAUGUGGCGCGUGUCAAUUCAAAGGCAGGGGAUCGGGCUGGGGUGAAGACAGCGUCGACCAAAAUAGCAGCAUCGGCAGCACCCGUGGUCUUGGUGGGAAACGCGAAUGAGGUGGAUUGGGAUGGGUACGCUGAGUUGGUCUUCAGGGAUGAGCUGCAUUUCCAGCAAUUCUUUGCCUUGGUCAAUGAGCCGGAUGCGGCAGAGCGAAUACAAAUGGAUGAAGAACAGUUCUCAGAUCCCGAUAAAUUCAAGAUCGUUGUUUUGGGAGACACGGUUAGCACCGGGGCAGAUUGAUCUCAGACUAUAAAGACGGGUAGGAACGACGAAGAGUGCGAAAGUCUGCUCUAUUCCCCUGCACGCAUCAUCAGGCCUUCUGGAGUCAAGGAG